UUGUUCUACCGGAAGUGGGCGGGACUUUUAGAAUUGCGUCGCUUCCCCUUUAAGCCGGUGCGGAAGUGAUGGGCAUAUUGCUGCAUCGCAGGGCAGAAGGUCAGGUGGGUUGUCGGGUGAAUUUCCACAGUGAAUAUCUGCCAGUGUGAGCGUGGAUCGGGUCUGUAAUGGUUCUUGGAGCCUGAGCGCCUGAAGUUCUCCUCAUGUCCGGGUCCCAGUGCGCGCGGCUGGGCGGGCCGCUGGUCCGCCAGCUGCUGGACUCCGUGGACAACGUGCUGUUCGACUGCGACGGCGUGAUCUGGCGGGGGGACCAGGCCAUCCCUGGGGCCGCCCGGGUCAUCAGCCUGCUCAAGCAGCGCGGCAAGAAGGUCUUCUUCGUCACCAACAACAGCACCAAGACCCGGAAGAUGUACGCCGACAAGCUGUCCUCUCUGGGCUUUGACGCCGCGGAGGACGAGGUGUUCGGAACCGCGUUCUGCUGCGCGGCAUACCUGCGAUCGGAGUGCGGGCUGCGGGGCAAGGUCUACCUGGUGGGGAGCGACGCCAUGCGGCAGGAGCUGGAGGCCGUGGGCAUCCAGGCGGUCGGCGUGGGGCCGGACCCGGUGUCCGGGAAGCAGCUGGACUGGGCCAGCGUGCCUCUGGACCCGGAGGUCCAGGCGGUGGUGGUCGGGUUCGACGAACACUUCAGCUACAUGAAGCUGAACCGAGCCAUGCAGUACCUGACCCAGAAGGACUGCCUGUUUGUCGGAACCAACAGGGACACCAGGCUGCCUCUGGAGGGGGGCAAAGCGGUUCCAGGUACGGGCUGCCUGCUGCAGGCCGUGGAAACGGCCGCCCAGCGCCAGGCCCAGACGGUGGGCAAACCCAGCCGCUUCAUGUUUGAGUGCGUGGCGCGGCGGUUCGGCCUGCGGCCGGAGCGCUGCCUGAUGGUCGGCGACCGGCUGGACACCGACAUCCUGCUGGGCUCCGCCUGCGGCCUGAAGACGCUGCUGACCCUGACCGGGGUCAGCAGCGUCGCCGAGGCCGCCGCCCACCGCGACAGCGGCGACGACGAGCGCCGCGCCAUGGUGCCCGACUAUUACGUGGAGAGCAUCGGCGACCUGCUGCCGGCGCUGCAGGGAGAAGACGACCCGUCGCUCUGAAGGGAAUAUUUUAUCACUUGGCUUAACGCUGCAGACAAAACGUUAUAAAAAUUUAUAUUUAUUGAAAUGAUGCCAUGUUGAGACAGAUAAUCUGUGAAAAAACGGAGCUUCUCUGCUUUCUCCGUGUUAACUAGAAACAACCAAUCAGCGGCAGGAGGCGGGGCUUAGCGCAGUCAUUUAUUUAUGGCCUUUACUCUCUGCUAUGCUAGCAUAGAAUGCUAAGGCUAGUUAGCAUAGCGACAGAUGACAGAGGAUAAACGGUUGUCCUGUAUCGGUAGGAUGUUUCUCUGCCGUCAGCACACUUAGCAGCAGUACAUGAGGAUGAUUGACAGUGCUAAGCCCCGCCUCCUGCCUCUGAUUGGUUGUUUUUGGUUCAGAGCAGCUGGAGAUCCGUCUGUCCACUGAUUAUCUGCCUCAUAUUAAAGUGUAAUGGUGACAGUUUUAACUAACAUGUAAAACUUACUGCAGCUUUAAAUAGAGUCACAGCUGCAGGAAGAAUAAAUCCAGGCUGUACUUAA